AUGGAAAUGGCAGAGGCUCUUUAUAAGGAAUUAGAAUCUCAAGGAUAUCAAGACAAGUGUUUUUCCAAACGACUAUCAGAAACUGAGAAAAAAGAAAUAUUUGCCAAUAUCAAUAAUGUAGUGGCAAAUCUUGACUAUUUGAUAGCAACUCCUGUGAUGACUUGUAGACCAAAUGCUUCUUUGGAAACUUAUCUUUAUAACACAUCUCGUCACAAUGUAUCUAGAAAUGAUUUUGUUAGUUUACUGACUGAUCAUCUUAGCGAAUGUGGUUAUAAUAUUAAUAUUGCCGAAGACUGCCCUUCUAUCGACUCAAAACUUACAGAAAAUAAUGAAAGCAAAGAAUUACUUUUACAG